UGUUUUGUUUAUCAAUCAGUGCGACCAACUUCGGCCAAGUCAUUUAUUAGUAACCUAUAAAAUGAGUCAGUAGUGAUAAAAUCGGGGUAAAAGAUGGGAAACCACCACGGCCACGGCCCCCAUAGCAAAUCCGGGGACUCGACUCCGACUUCCAACGGUUCGCGUAAAAGCAUUUCGCGGACGGUCUCAAAUCACGAAAUUCCAGCGGAUAAACCGAGCCCCUUGUUACCCGUGGAAAAGCUAACCAAAAUUUUGGCCGAUAAGUCUUUCGAAGAGGAAAACAUCCAUGGGAUUACCCUUAAUGUUUUCACGAAAUAUUUGUUUCCCCGUUACCCCGUCUUGGCCGAGAAGCUUUUCACGUACUUACUCAAGGGGGCUAAAUCCCGCAAUACUUACAUUGACAUUCAAGGCUUCAAACACCAAUGCGAAAAAUACCUUUCUGUGAGUGUGCCAUCAAUGAUAGCCCCACUUGACAUCCUCAAGUUCCAGAUUCUUGACGAUGAGACAGUCCGCGAUGUUUUCGUCCGUAUGUUUGCCACACAAGUGGAAGACUCCGGUGAAAUUAUAACCCCCGAAGGCCUCCGUUCGCUCUUAAUGUGCGCUUAUCACGUCAGCAUGGACCACUACUCCGAGGGGCCCCAAAUGUGCCUCUCAAUAAGCAAAACUUUGAAAGCUGUUGUUGAUAGUUGUUUUCACACCAAGACUCAACUUUCCACCCAAUUCGUGUCUCAUUGGUUGGCCGCAAAUUGUCCCCGAUUGUUGCUCCCCCUACACAGAUAUUUAGUACAUUCCUUGGCCACUUCGUGGCGCACUUUGGAGGAUAUUGCAAAUGCACCAGCCGCAGGUUUGGAAUUGGCCACGCCUGUUUUGGAACAAGCUCCACCCUUCAGUCAAAAACACCCCCAUUUGCUACAUAUGAGUUUGUCGUGGUUGUUGGCAGGGGCCCUCCCACCAGUCUUCUCAAGACCACAGAAAGCCCAUUCCCCUAGUAACAGUGGCGUUGGUUUGGCAAGUACCGCCUUCUUAACCAAAUUACUGUGCGCUGUGCCUUCCCAUUGGGUCGUUUUAUAUGAUUCUGAUGAUAAUGGUUUGGGGGCUAACCGUUUCCUACACCAUGUUAUGUCAUACAAGGGCCCCACUUUGUGUCUUUUGAAGGUCGAAGACGGUCAAGUUUUCUGUAUUGCAUCACCUAAUGAAUGGAAAGAAUCGAAUCAUUAUUGGGGUGGGGAGGAGUCUGCUGUUUUUCAAUUGUUACCAAAGUUUGUGUUACUGGAGAUGGGGUCUAAAAUGUUGUAUUUGAAUACAACGGUUCGGGGGUACCCCUAUGGGUUACGUGCUGGUAAAGACCCACGCAAACCUAUAAUUAUAGUAGACGGUGGUUUUGAAAAGAUGGAGUUUAAAAAAAUCCCCUACAGUUUACUACGUAUUGAAGUGUGGGGUUGUGGGGACCCUGUAAGUCGCGAACAUCAAUUAGAAGUGAAAAAAUGGGAAGUGAAAGAAGCGGAAAGACAGAGAUGUGUGAAAUUGAGCGCCGCUGAUUGGCUGGACCAUCCAGAUAGGUAUUUGUUGGAGUUGGCUGGGAGACCACAAUACCACCAAAACCAAACACAAUAAGUAUCGAUUAAGUACUUAGAAGUUUGUUAUAGUGAUAUUAAAUUUAGGUUAGGGACUGUUAUAUUUAUUCAAAAGUCUCAUUCUCAUUGAAAAGUAUUUAUAUGUGCCUUGAGAACCAACCAAUGCCAACGUUACAGUAUUUGGCUUUUUCGAUAUUAUUAGCUACUUAACUAAAUUUAAUCAAGCUACUUAAUUUGUUUUUAUUUUUAACAGGGUGUUGUUCAUUACACAAAGUGUUCAAUCAGACAUAUUUUUAUAAAAAAUGUUUGACCCA